GCGGACGCCAUCGUACUCAGGCACGGGCUCGAAGAUGGAAGCUGCCAAGCCACAAACUUUGGGGCAAAGGGCAAUGGAAUUCUUGAUGGAGAAAACUCAGAUCAUGGCGGAGAUCAAAGUAUCAAAGGAUGUGAUCAAGGGGGAGGGAGGAAAGGAGGAGGAAGUGGAGGUGUGGGAAUACCCAGAGGAGGAUAUCCAAUCUCUGAAUGAGUUGGGCAGAGGUCAUCUGGGUACUUCAUGCCCACAGGGGGGCUCAAGAGAAGAAGGGGGGAAAAGGAUGGCAUUGAAGCAAUCGAUGAUGCAGGAAUGUGAAAACAAACCAGGAGUAUGGUACAUAAAUGCAACACAGUAUAGAGGUUGGAUCUUUGAUGACAAUCUGGAAAACCCAAAGUGGGUGUGGGUGAUGAAGGGGGAGCCAACAGUCAAGCCGGACAUCUACCCUCCUUACGACAGCAGGUGGAGGAACACAGGUGCCAAACGUAUGGAGGAUAAGGAAACGGGUUUUGUAAUCAAACCCAUGUUGGAAGAAAAAACAAUGCAAGAUGUGGAGCAGAGAUUGAAGCUCAUGAGGGAACUACAUGAGGUUGGGAAGAACGCAGAAUUGGCAUUCUUGGAAAACGCAGAAGCCAGGGCGCAGCAGCAGGGACAGRCAAGAGGCAAGGAGGAGGGGUCAAGGGAAAUGAAGGAGGAUGAAGGGGACAAUAUGGAMUGUGAGCAAGGAGGGAAGGGGGGAACAGAGAGAGGAAGCACAUCCACAAAGAGGAAGGGAGUGACAAGAGGAGAGGAUGGGUCUACCACUCAAGGAAGAAGCAGAUUCAGGCUCACUUGGCACAGCCUAAGGGAAACAGCUCAGGAGAAGGAAGGUACAGGCAUGAUAGGGGAGGGAGAGGAGGACUUGACAGAAAAGGACAACCCAGAAGGAUCCUCGCAACACGAAGAAGACAAAAGUGGUUCUCAGAGUGACCAGGGCACCCAGGGUCAGGGACCAUUGGAGGAUGAAGCAAAGGUAAGAGAAAGGGCGAGAAAGAGGGGGAUGCAAAACAUUGAGAACAUGACAGUGGAUCAUAUUUUGCAGGCAGAGGAAGACCAGAGGGAGAGCUCAGAGGAUUCAGAGAGCGAAGCCGCAUCAGCCUCAUCAGAGGACGACGAGGAAGAGGAGGAGGAAGAUCAGGAAGAUUCAGAUGUGGAAGAUUGGACAAGAGAACGAUGGAUAAAGGAGGUGGAAGAGCUGGAAUGGGGAAGGACGAUCGAAUGCGAAAUCAGGCUGGCCCAUCAUAAACACCUGAGGAACCUCCAACAAGCCACACAAGUAGGGGGGGACAUCACAUUUGAGAACAGGUUUGAACUGCUUAGGACGGAGGGGGAAAUCAUUGAGUUUUAUGCAUCUCAGUACGCAAGAAAGAGCUGCACAGUAAGAAAUGAGAUCCACAUUCAGCAGGAGGAAUAUGAGAGGUUGUUUCAAUGGCCAAAGACAUACCGCAACAAGGAAAGGAAGAGGGAGGACAAGAAACGGAAGGCACAAACGACAGAAGAGCAAGGCAGUAUAACUAAAGGGGUGAAUGACUCAAUGGAGGAUGCAGCCAUGGAGGAGGAUCAGGAGAAGGGAGACAGAGAAGAGGAAGAUGUGCAGGACCUGAGAAGACAAGCCGCUAUUCUGGUGGUGCAGGUCAACUUACUCAAGGAUGAGAACAGGGAGUUGGAGGACGAUACAGUGAACAUACAAAAAAUAGCAAAGGGUCAGUGGAAGGAGAUAGAAGCUGCGGCCCGACUGGAAAUUAAGAAUGGGACGAGGAGGAGAGUGGUCUUACCCUGUCGAUGGAAUGCAAGGCACUUGGAUUGGGAGGUGGCUAUCAACCAAUCUUUGCAAUUGAUAACGACUCCGAUGGACGAAUGCUCAGGCUCAGAUCUGCAGAGGUUAAUAGGGGGAGAGGUGCCAUUGAGAGGGUUUAUAUUGAGAGAGGGAGAAGAGGAGCCGAUGGCAAUGGGGGAGGACAGUGAGGAGGAGGCAACAACCGAUUUCGGACCACUGCUACUCCAAAUGGAGGCUGAUUCUGAAUUAAGAGAAGAAUCUGUCCGGUAUAUAAGAGACAAGAGAAUUAACGCCGCCAUUCUUUUUUUCGACUUUGAAAAGGCAUAUGACCAGCAUAAUGCAAGAAGUGGAUCUUUGAGAGUGCAUACAGCAGUUGCUGCUGCACGAAAUGCAGGCAUUCCGUUCUCAGCCCUGGUUGCCUUCGACAACAAACUGUCCAGUGCGUGUAAUGCUUAUGACCCGGGGGCGGCGGAAGCUGACUAUAGCAUGGCUGUUGCUCUUGUGAAGGAGGUGGCCUCCAGACUUUGUCCUGCGAUUACCCUCUCCGAGGAUGGGCUGGGAGCAACGAGGUCCACACCGUACUCGCAAGAAACACAGGAGUUCUUUUCAAAGGUCUUGCAGGGUUACAGGAAUGUGUGGGCAGGGCAAGUUGGCGCGACGGAUUUGUCAAGAGACUCAGAGGGGGUAGUAGGUUCUCCUGAUGAGCCUAUGGUGUCACAAGGUGAGGGUGGAUUUCAAAGUGGCAGCAAUGGCAGUGGAGAAGGGGACGAUGGGAAAGGAAAGGAGCGUGCAAUCUUUGAAGCGGUUUUUAUUCCUUGUGUUGACCAAUGGGAUGUGGAGAGCAUCAAAGUGGCCGUCAAUGUGCGCAAUGCGGAGUACUAUUUGGAUGCCUUGGCAAAGGAGUUGAGUUGUGACAACGCCGGCAAACUUCUUAUUUCCAGGACUGUCGGCAAGUCGGCCUUGAACAUGCGGCUCUACACGGCUCUCCCUGCGAUACCAUCUGUAUGUCGAUCCGCAGGACAAACAGGUAAUGAUGAGAAGGGGGGAACCGAUGACAAGGAAAAAGAAGAUGUAAUGGGCUGUGUGCCCAUGGGCGAAGGCAAAGAAGAGGGCGGAGACAUAAAGUUGGCCGAGGGAGGGGGUAUGCUUUGCAAAAAUGUGCGAGCAAGCUGGCUCAGUGGCUGUAAUGUGUAUGGAGAUGCGAUUUUGGCAGCAGUUGGCCAUGCAUGGGAGGGACCAGAUGUGUGGGCGUGGAGAUGGACUAAUCUGACAAUCAAGGACUACCACAUGGUGAUGAUGAGCAGAAACCCAAGAGGCAUGUACAAGCUCAGCCGAGGGGCUGUCGUGGCCUGUGAAUUGCCGCAAUCCUUCACAUCGCCGCUGUCAUGGAGAGGAAAGCUUCCAAAGCAGAUGUUGCUGGAGUACUGCCAACAGCGGGCAAGCUUGACAAAAGGGCAGCCCUGUCCAGCCUACAAGUUCUAUGUGAUUGAUGAAGAUGGGCAGGCCGUUCCCUGGAAGGAGGGUGGAGAGGCCGACGACGAGGAGGGGGCACCUCGUACAGAGCCCACGGAGCUGCCUUGCACAGAUGAUGGAAAGCAAGAGAAGAAAUUCACGAAGCAGGUGCAAAAGGAGGACGAACGAAGGAAGGCCUUGGAAGAGUCUACGGUGACGAACAUCGAGCAGGGACGCACAAUGAGGCUGGGAAUCGAUGUUCGUAGCCCCGGAGCAGAAAAUCGUGGGAAACCGGAGGAGCAACUAGACAAAGGGUUGUCCCCGGCGAGGACACAGAAAGGUCAAUACAUAUGCCAUGUCAAGCUUCCUACGGAGCUAGGAGGCUUCGAGUGCCGGUCCCCUCGUGCAUACAAGAGUCAAAGUGCUGCAAGCCACAGUGCUGCUCUCGGUGCCCUGCACAGGAUUCAAAGGGUUCUCGACCUCCGAGCUUUGAAUCCGAUAGUGGAUGACGACUUCCCUCCGUACGGAGGGAGUGACCCCUGGGGAGAGGGUUACUAUGAGCCGGAGGAGGAGGAGGAUUGUCCGUCCAUGACAGCGAUGACUGCUGGCCCGAGUACUGCUCCUGUGCUAUCGCUGCCUCCUUUCGUCUCUCGGAACGGCAGCAGCAGGAGGUCGUUAUCGCUUGACAUGAAUGCUGUUAAUCAGUCGCGGGAGAGGGAGGUGGAUGCCUCAAAAGCAAUGCCUUCUCCUGCAGCUGAGAAAGAGGUGAGGUUACCGGAAAAGGAGGUGCUUGUAGAGGGAGAGGGAGAUAUUCCCCCAUCCGCGGGCUCGAUGGUUUGCGUUGAUUACACGAUGCAUGAGCUUGUAUGCGACUUGCCUUUGGAGCGAGAACGAGAAGAUGGCUGGGAAAGAGUGGUGUACAUGAGCAGUACAGAUAAAGAGCUGCUAGAAGAGAACACCAACUUCGAGUUCGAGUUGGGAAGCGGUGCUGUCAUUCCUCCUUUGGACACGUGUGUUUCCACGAUGAGGAAAGGUGAGGUCUGCAGGUUUAGGAUGGAGCUGUCAGAGUACUGGGUGAAUGAAAACCCAAGUGCGGUGCGCAAGCAACAGUUCAUGGAGAAACAGAAUAUGCUGGCAAGGCUUUCGUCAUUUGGUCGACAAAAUUCGGUGGGAAGAGUCGGAUCUCUGGGCCGGCAAAACGCUCUUGGAUUGCAAAUUCCAUUAGCUCGACAGAGCUCGCUCGGCAGAGGGACUCCACGACGACGAGGAAAGAAGAUGGUUGAAUGCCGUGUCAAGCUGGUCUCUAUUACAGAGCCACAGGAGGAGAAGUUGGAGGGGGCAUUGUUCUCGCCUCCACUUUCUAAACAACGCAGCGAAUUUGUUUUGCGCCUCCUCAGUGUAGUGGACGCAAAGUCUGUGAUUGAUUUAGGUUGCGGUGCUGCAUCGUUAUUGGAGGCAGUUGUUGGUCAUUCGCCUGUGAAACAUGUGGCCGGCAUUGAUAUUUCUGGAAAGGGACUGCAAAGAGGAGCGAAAGUGCUCAAGACAAAGGUCACAGAUAGUGAGGCAUCAGUUUGCAGGGCAUCGUCAUUGCCCGAGUCUAUUGUGCUGUAUGAGGGAUCUAUAAAUGAACCAGAUGCCAGGUUGCGUGGAUUCGAUCUCGCGACCUGCCUUGAGGUCGUCGAGCAUAUGGAUGAGGAGGAUCUUGUGAAGGUUGGCGACAGCGUUCUCGGGGGAAUGAUGCCUAGGGUGCUCAUCGUGUCCACGCCGAACAUUGAGUUCAACCCUCUGUUUUUUGCUGAGAGGCGAACACAGAGAAAGGGGGAAGGAGGUGGUGGAGUUGUCCGGAACAGCAUUCAGCCACCAUUGUCCUUCGAAUCUGGCGGAGUCUCUUCGUCAUCGAAUGCGGUCACUCUUGCUGCAAACAAGGAAAGCACUGGUAUUGGAGCUUCUCAGGGUGGAGUUGUUCCAGCGGGCAGUGGUAAUUCUUGCAGGAAGGAAUCGUCAAGCGGACGGGCGGAUCAAACUGCACGUUGUCGGGUGGGAGGCGGCAACCGAGUGAUUGGAGGCCUUGAAGAGGCCCUGCGUAGUAGCCCCACCUCUCAUUCAACCGUUGAUCAGAGGUGUACAAGUGCCAGUGGUUCCCCCUCCCAGCAGAAGAAUGGGGUUGCUAGUAAGCGAGGAAUUGCAGAGGACUGGUCCACUGUGAAGCUAAGGAACGACGACCACCGGUUCGAAUGGACUCGAGAAGAAUUCAGGAAAUGGGCAACGCCUCUUGCUGUGAAACAUGGGUACACAGUGUGGUUCGAUGGGGUAGGAGUGUUGAAUGGCGGUCCCCCAGGGGAUGAAGGAUAUGCUACGCAGAUUGCAAUAUUUGUUCGUGGAGUUGAACCGUCGUUGGUGUCCGGCAAUGUAGGAGUGAAGAAGGCAGUCAGCGGGGGCGUUAGCAAUUUCGAGGCUAUGGUCGGCUCUUGGGGUGGCUUGUCAUCUGUGUCAGGUAGCAUGGGCCCGAUGAGGGCAGAAGACCUCAGCGAUACUGAAGUGGUUGGGUCAUGGGGUGGAGCCGGAUCCUGCAGCGGGAGCGCUGACUGCAGCUCAUGGGACGGGACCAUAGCAGGGCCGGCAUCGUGGAGUGGGACUGGCACCGCGGUUUGUGGGUCCUGGGGGGCAAACGUGGAGAGUGGAUCGUGGGGCACACGUAAUGGCUGUGGCUCGUGGAACGGGGACGAUCGCGAUCCAGGAUCUGCGGGAUCGGAGAAGAAAUCUCACCAACUCAAAGUAUUCUGGCAAUGGCCAUGAAGAAAAGGGACACACCCAUAAGAAAUCGGCCACAUGUGAUUGGGGUGGGGGGGGGGGGGGGGGGGGGGGGGGGGGGGGGGGGUGGAGUGCAUGUGAGGAGAUAGGUGGAUGGGUGUGGAAUUGCAUGGUCUGCCUGCAGUCUGUGCAGUAGUGCUUGAAGCGGAGUGAUAGUCGUACUGAUAUUUGGGCAGUCCCCACUGAUCUUUGGUCAAACUGUUGAGAGAGGAUUCACAUUAAGCCACAAGCACCUACCGCAGUUUUCGUACCCCCCCAGGGUUGAAUGAAUAUGGACCCUAGGG